AGCAUACACAUCAAAAUGAAUACUAAUCCUUCUGCUUUUCUCCCAAGGGGCAUCCACACUACUGGUGUGAGCAUUGUUGGCGGUGGUGUCCGUGCCCCUCGCAUCAAGACCAAGAAUCUGAUCUCGGUCAUCUUCUGUGAGGCUGUUGCCAUCUACGGGCUCAUCAUUGCCAUCAUCCUGGCUGGUAUUUUGGAGGAGUACUCUGAGACAAAGGCUGAAGCUAAGAGGGCUCUUCGAAAAAACCUUCUCUCGGUUACUUUUAGUUUGCGCUGGCUGACUGUAGGGCUCACCAACCUUUUUGUGGUUUGCUUCACCGGUGUUUAUCCUUCACUCUGGAACAUGGUAUCAUAA